AACGCUCGGUCCAUUCCAUGAUGUUUACCGUCUAAUUCAAGGGUCUGAGGCGUUUGUGUUUUGCACAGGACGCUGCUGAGUCGCCGAUUGUUUGUUCAGUGAAUAUACUUUGCGGUUCGCGCUGAUUUUUCUCGUCUCUCAACAUGGAGUCGGGCGAAGCCAGCGACGAGAAGACGAGCUCCGUGUCCGCGGCGCAGAGGAGAGCAGAGAUCCGGAGGAGAAAGCUGCUCAUGAACUCAGAGGACCGGAUGAACAGGAUCGUAGGAUUCGCAAAAAACGAGGCUGAAAAUAACGCAGGAGCAUCCCGGCGUCCCACAGAACCCCGCUUCCACCUUGACCUGGACAGGACGGAGCCGUGGUCCUCGUCCUCAUCUUCCCCGAGACCGUCUCCCUUCCUGCCCGAGGCCUCGGGGUUCGGCAGCCGCUCCCACAGUGCCACCCCAGAGAGGAGGGGCUCUCCACUGCCAGACUGUGGCGAGCCGCACGGAGGGUCUCUGGAGGACGACCUGGGAGGGAUCCGACAGCGGCCGAGAGGGGAGCGGGCGUCGGACGACAUCAGCGGCUCCCCGCGUCGGGGCCUCCAGAAGUACUUGUCUCGCUUUGAUGAUGCCAUGAAGCUCCGCGGGCAGCUGGCCAAUGAGAAGCCGGCUCAGGACGGAGGGUCCGACUCAGAGGAGCUGGAUCCCUUCAGGAUCUUCAGGCUCAUCGGCAGCAUCCUCCUCGCUAUUUUUGUCAGGGUUUUUGUCUGCAAGUAUCUGUCAAUAUUUGCUCCGUUUCUGACCCUUGAACUGGCCUACAUGGGACUGUCCAAAUACUUUCCAAAGGUAGAGAAGAAGACCAAGACCACUGUGCUCACAGCUGCCCUGCUGCUGUCUGGGAUCCCCGCCGAGGUCAUCAACCGCUCCAUGGACACCUACAGGAGGAUGGGCGACGUCUUCGCUGACCUCUGCGUCUACUUCUUCACCUUCAUCCUCUCACACGAGAUCCUGUUGCUGUUCGGCUCAGAGACUCCCUGAUGGACGGGGCGAACCUCAGUGACCCCCGCCCCCCCACCUCCUCGAUGUCCCCCCACCUCCAGCCUCCUUCUGUCUCCCAUAGAAACAAGGCAUGCUCAUUUGCGCCCUCUGGUGCCUGUUUGUCGUCUGGAACCGGAUCCCUGCUGCCUUACGAUCAGGGUUGGACGCCGCCCGGACGAAAGCUCGUCGUUUCAGCUCUUCAGGAUUCCACUAAAGCUACACAUGAACAGUGUUUGUUACAGACCUCCAGGUUAUUUAACUCUGAGCGGAAACAGAAGGACAGUUUGUGUUUUGCGUGUGCAAAGAAUGUAUUGUCAUUUAUUGUGCUGAGGGUUAUUUAUUCGUCAGGCAAGGUGCAGAAAAUGGUACAUUUUACACUUACGCAACAUUUUCACCACCAGUCUGACAUCACGCCAAACAGCCGCAAGUUCCAUUUUACUUAUGACACUUGACUGGAGUGACACUGGAGUCCAUUCAAGCGCUGGGCGAUAUUUCUGAAACUGACAUCUGACGUUUAUCUGUAUCAGCAAUUGUAUCCUCAAUCAUUUGAAAUUACAAAACUGUGUCCAAUGCAA